AUGGGCAAGAAACAUAGCACCUUAUCAGGUGAACAUCUUGAAAGACUUCGAUCAAAGACUCAGUUUUCAGAUGAAGAAAUUCAGAAAUGGCAUGAUAUCUUCAAAAAGGAUUGUCCAAGCGGUAAAAUGUCGCGUAGUAAAUUUGAAGAGUUAUAUUGCAGUUAUUUUCCUGACGGAGACGCGAAGAAAUUCGCCAGACAUUGUUUUAGAACAUUUGAUAAAAACAAUGACGGAACUAUAGAUUUUCGUGAGUUUUUGUGCAGUUUGUCAAUUAUAUCCCGCGGUUCCCAGGAGGAAAAGUUAAAAUGGGCAUUCUCUAUGUAUGAUAUAGACGGCAGUGGGACAAUCAACCGAGAAGAAAUGUUAGAAAUUGUACGAGCUGUCUUUAAAGUUGCUGGGAGAACAAAAGUUAAGUUGGCAAGAGAUGAAAGUACCCCUGAACGAAUGGCUCAUAAAAUAUUCUCUUUGCUUGAUUCGAACAAGGAUGGGAAUAUAAACGAAGCAGAAUUUGUGGCUGGAGCAAAACAAUAUCCUACGUUUAUGAAACUGCUUGAGAAUCCAAGCUGCAUGUGA